AUGGCGGAACAAAACGAUAAUAUUCAGCAGCAACCGGCCAUCUGCAAGACUCGUGAUGAGAUGCUGGCAAAGUUUCUGACUGAUGACAGUCUCAAUGAUAUCAUCCUCAAGGGAACAGACAGUGUGGAAGUUCCGGCCAACCGGUUCUUACUCUCAGCCCGAUCUGAGGUUUUCAAGGGAAUGCUGUUGGGCAAGUUCCAGGAAGCAUCACUGCCUGUUGUAGAGCUUAGCUUUACAGGAAGCGUCCUCCAGGCAGUGGUGGAAUUUGUUCUUACCGAUGACGCACAAAUUCUCAACUCCAAGAAACGGAAGACAACAGAUGGAGAAGAAGAAGAGGAACAUGUUUCCAUUCAACAGAUUGAAUCAUUGGUGUCAUUAGCAGAGGCUGCCUCCUACUUCAAUAUUGCUGGCCUUGGAGAGCUUGUCAUGGAUUAUUGUACUACCGUCCGGAAGAAAUGGCCAUGCUUGUCCUUUGCUUUUUUGCAGGUGUGCCGAACGGCCGGAAACUCGGUGCCAGAUGUGGUUUUGGACAAGGCAAAGAAAUGGGUCCGUAAAACCCCAGCUAAAUCAGUUUCUACCAAUCAUGUUGGCUUUUUGAGUAAAACUGUCAUGGAGGAAAUUCUCAUGGAUUCAGAAAUGGAAAUGUCAGAAUGUGAUCUCUUCAUAAUUCUAAGCCUCUGGGUAGAAGCUGAUCCCAGUCAAAGAAAGGAUUCUGGGGUUUAG